AUGAAGCUACAACAACCUUCAAAGAGGGCAAUCGUUGCUGAGGUGCCGCGGGACAACAUCUACGACAUCUUCUCGAGACUACCGUUGAAAUCUUUGGCUCGUUUCCAGUGUGUGAGCAAGGUAUGGUUCGACUACAUGGACGAUUCUUCCCUUCAAAAGAUGCACGCCAAACGAGCAUCAAUAGAUCCAAUGCUAAUCAUGUUUCGCCAAUUUUCAUCAUCUACUACUACUAACCCGCCGUGCAAGCUAAGUUUUUUGCGUAUCGUUGAAGCUAAAGAAGCAAGUACUAAUUAUUAUGCCCUAGAGGCUAGUAAUAAGAACUUAACUAUGGAUUUUCCAUGUAAGGAAUGGUAUUCUACAUUUCCUACAGGAAUAAUUAUAGGUUCUUGCAAUGGUCUAAUCUAUUCAUCAAAAGAUCAUAGUGAUGGCACUACUUUGCUUGUGAUACAUCCAUUAAGGAAACAAUUUUACGAGCUUCCACCCAUCAAGAUUUGGGCUUUUGUGUCAAGAUUCAGCCCACUAGACUCAUGUGGGCUUGGUUUUGAUGAUUCUAACAACAUUUUUAAGAUGGUAUGCGUAGUGGCUCGAGAACAAGGCAACAGGCAACCAAACCUUAAUGUGGUGGUCAAGGAGGAUCUACGUACCAUGGUACAUGUCUUGGGUACGACUUCUUGGAGAGAAAUUUCUCGAGUCCCGGCUUAUCCCAUAACCGGUGAAGGUAUAUUUGCUAAUGGAUGUUUGCAUUGGUUAAUUAGUACUACUUUUCUUAAUAAUUUUCCAAAUGACAAAGGAAGAUUAGUAGUAUGUUUUGAUUUAAGAAAAGAAGAAUUCGGGUUAAUUAAUCCACCAAGAAAACGAUGUUUGAAUACCGAGCAAUUGGUUGAUCUAGAUGGUGAAGUUGGGUAUGUGUAUAACAUUGUCGACCGUGGCGUAGAGGUGUGGGUAUUGAUGCAAAAAGAAUGGAAAAUCUAUUGUCAGAUUUUAUCAAAAACCGCCUCUUCCUCGUGGCAUCAUAAGGGUUCUUGGUGUUUGGAACAAAGAAGGGGAUCUAUUGAUGACUGA